AUGGCAACCAAAAAAUCCAAGGCUUCUGCGCCAACAGACGAGGAGCUUAAUCAGAUGCUAGAAGGUCUCGAAGAAGAUGUGGCUCCAGCUCUUACCAAAGGCAUACCUGCUGGAUCAAACUCAACUACGACACCACAGGCUGAGCAAGAUAUACUGGCUGAAUUGGAGAAUCUUGGAACCCAGAUACCCUCAAGUAGACCUCACACACCACGUGUCGCUACAUCUGUCAAGUAUGCAACAACCUCUCCGUCACUAUCAACUAGAACAAGUGAUGACAGAGCUCAUGCUCCAAGAAAAUCUGGCGAUAGUCUGAGAUCAUUUCACACUGGGUUCACUGUAUUAGACGCAAGAGAUGAAGGUCUACGAUCGAGUAGCAGGACAACUGUAGCCCAGGAAUCCAAGCCAAGCACGGGCAGUGGGUGGUGGGGAAGUGUAUUUGCAACAGCCUCUGCUGCUGUAAAAACGGCAGAAGCUGCCGUGAAAGAGAUCAAAGAAAGUGAAGAAGCGAAACGUUGGGCUGAACAAGUAAAAGGAAACGUUGGAGCACUUCAAGACCUUGGUGGACAAAUAUCCUCACGGGCUCUUCCAACAUUCACAAACAUUCUACACACCUUAGCGCCACCCAUCUCGUCUCAUGAAAGACUCCAAAUUCAUAUAACCCAUGACUUAAUUGGGUAUCCCCCCCUUGACCCCCUGAUAUACUCGACCUUUUCAAGGGUUAUGGCUCAAGUUGAAGGUGGUGACCUGUUAGUUAUUCAACGAGGGCAUGAGUCCAGUGCCAGGCGUAAUUCAGAGAUAGGCAUAAAAGGGAGUUCAAGCGGUUGGAAUGAUGGUAAAUGGUGGAGCUAUACUCCUGAAGCACGCGAUCUAUGUGCAGUUAAGGGUCUUGUUGAAGGUACAAAACUGGUACGUGUCAGCGCUGAAACUUAUGCCGAAGAGUAUUUCAACGUCAACGGUGGCUUGGAGAAAGCUACUAAACGAGCAACUGAAGAACUCAGUGACUCAAACCCAGUUCGGCGCAGUGAUAUCUUCUUUGCUGUUCAGGCUAUUAUUCAUUAUGAUUGCCCUGAUUAUUUCCAAGCCUCUAAAAAAGAUCAAGAAAAUGAUAAUAUUUCCAUAGAAAAUGAGGGGGCUGAUGAACUAAUAUCGUUUGCAAUAUACCUUCUCGACCCUGUACACGGAAUCAAAUUUCACACAGUUUCUCAAUCCUUACCAGCUCAAUGGAUUAAAUGGCUCGACGCAUCUAACCCAACUCAGACUAUACCCUCCGAGUCUUUACUCGAAAGAAAGGAUGUUAAAAGCCUAGAUAACUCAAAUAUAUUACCAGAAGAAAUAGCACAGAUUAUUGAAGACGGAGGCAUAGAUCCAAGGGAAUGGGUCGCAGAAUGGGUAGAAGAAAUAUUGAGUUUAGUCACUGGCGUAUUAGCGCAACGAUAUAUUGCUCGUCGAAUGGGUGUGGGUGACAAUACUAUUGGAAAAGGUAGGGUGCAGACGGAAGAAGUUCUCAAAGGAGGUGGAGGGGAGGCUGCGAGGGCUACUCUGAUUUGA